AUGCAGGACGAAGAAAUCCAUAUACUGGGGAAAAGGAGAUCGUUAAUUGAACAAUCCCGGGAGACUGGUCUGCCUCGGCGUAUCAAUAAGGCAGUGUGUAUAUUUCUACAAGAGUAUGAAACGUUUGCAACCCUAUUUAGGAACGCCGAGGGACCUUUACUAAAUAUAUAUCCCGACAAAGGAUUUGGAUUAUGGUUGAUAAGCAAUAUUGAACCCGAGAUUGCUUAUGAUGCUGAAGAGGUAACGGUGGCUAAGUACCAGUUAAUUAUGCCUUCUCCUCAUUAUGAUACAUCUUCACUUCAGUAUGGUGAUUUCUAUGAAAAACAAAGCAGAACAACAUAUUCAUAUGUAGAUGAAUCAAAAGUUAUCGGAAGGAAGGACGACAUAAGAAAGAUAGUAGAUAUGUUAUUAAUUGCCGACACACCACUAUCAUCAUCAUCAUCAGCGGUAACUUUGAAUCAGUACGAAGAAGCUCCUGCUAUCAUAACCAUCGUGGGUUUAAUAGGAUUAGGAAAGACGCUGCUGGCUCAACUAGUGUACAACAAUUACAUGAGUGCAUAUAUUUUUGAAACUAAAUGUGAUAUACAAGAUAUGCAUAGCUUGGUACGCAAAGUUCAGGAGAGUCUGGGUGGCAAGAAAUAUCUACUUGUACUCGAUGAUCUUGGGAGUGUCAAGGUCUGGGAGAAACUUAAAAGUGCAUUGCAAGUUGGUGUUCAAGAAGGAAGUAAGAUCAUAAUUACUACUCGAAGUCACAAAGUUGCUUCGGUGAUCGGAGGCACAAUUCCUCCUUACAGAUUACGACGAUUAACAGAUGAUGAAUGCUGGUCUAUUAUCAAGCAAGGAGCAUUUCCGAUUGGUGGACCAACAGAGACUGCAAACCAUGUUGAAGUAGGAAAAUAUUUAGCAAGAAAAUGUUAUGGAUUCCCAUUAAUUGCUUUGCAUCGUGGACGCGAUUUGCAUCAGCAUAUUGAUGAGACCGUGGGGAUGGAAUUAAGAGUCAGAACGGAGCGGUUAGAUAAAGCAGUACCUGCACUUUCUUUUGGAUUAAUCCUACCAGGACUGGUGUUCAAGUAUCAUGGUUUACCAUGGCGUCUGAAAAAAUGUUUCUCUUAUUUUUCCAUGUAUCACUGGAAACAAAAAAUUCACAUAGAAUCUUUAAUCCGAUUCUGGAUUGCAGAAGGAUUCAUUGAACUCAGUGAUGAAACAAAUGAAAUGUCAAUGGAAGAUAUCGGCAAUCAGUAUAUCAACAAUUUAUUGGGGAGUCCCAUAUUUGAAGAUGUAGAGAUGGAUGAAUUAGACAUUAAGGCGGAUGAGUCUGGCUGUGUAAAAACUUUUCGUCUAGAUUGUAUUACACAUGACUUUGCCCGAGAAGUUGCUGCUGGUGAUUGUGCAAUCGUAAAGGGUACAGAAUUGGGACAUAUUACCAGCAUAGUUCGUCGUGUAAGGUUGGUUUCUGACGAGGGGGUCAGGUCGACAUGUAUGCCAUCCGACUUUCAUAAGAAUGUGCGUACCAUUGUUGGCAUUCAAGGAAUCCAUAGUAAAGAAAUCAAGAAAAUCUUCAGCAAUAAGCACUUGCGUGUCCUAGAGCUGAGAAAUUGUGGGGUUGGAAAGUUACCUGAUUUAUCAAAGCUAAUACAUUUAAGGUACCUCGACUUAUCAGAUUGCCAGAAUAUAUUAUUUGUUCAGUCAAUCAGUAGUCUUUGGUAUUUGCAGACCCUGGUUUUACGUGGUUGCAAUUCUCUGACUGAGCUUCCUCGGGAUAUCAGUACUUUGAUAAACUUAAGGUACCUUGAUGCUUCACGUACAAGGGUUAUUGUUCUACCAAGUGAAAUUGGGGCUCUGAAACAACUUCAGCACCUUGAUGUCUCAGAUACAAAUAUCAAAGUGAUACCCUCCACUAUUAAAGAUGUUUGCAAACUGCGCACGUGUAAAUUUGAUUGCUGCAGGUAUCUUAAAGUGCUACCCACAACAUUUGCAGACUUGAAACACCUGAAAUGCCUUGACCUCUCCGGUACAAGAAUCAAAGAGUUACACGAGUCUAACACUAGAUGCUUAUACAACUUGGAAACGUUAAAGCUCGUGCAGUGUAAGCCUCCAGAAGACAUGGCACAUUUGAAAAGAUUGAAGCACCUAAUAUACGAAGGAAAUGAAACACCAAGAGGUUUAGGAACACUAACUUGUCUUCAAACAUUACAGCAAUACGUGGUAGGAGAAUGUGAAGAGGGCAUCGCAGACUUAGAAGAUCUAAACCUCCUAGAGAAGAUAAGGAUGUGUAAUCUAGAGAAUGUGAAAGAUUUGGUAGCUGCGAAGGGAGCAAAUUUAAAAGGUAAGCAACACAUUCACUGUUUGGAUUUACAUUGGAGUUUUAGAACUUUACAUUCUGGGUACCGCUAUAGUGAUAGUGAAGUGUUGGAUGCCCUCCAACCUAACGCCAACCUAAAAAUACUGAAGGUAAAGAACUUUAUGGGUCUAAAGCUUCCUCGGUGGAUGGAUGAUUCUCUUUCAUUGUGUCUUCCAAAUUUGGUGGAAUUAGUUUUAUCAGGUUGCAGCCAAUGUGAGCAACUUCCAGCACUUGGGAAGCUCCAAUAUCUCAGGAUUCUUUGUUUACGUGGAAUGAAUUCUGUGAGAUGUCUAGGCAAAGAGUUGUAUGGAGAUGAAAGCAGUUCCAGCGAAAACUCAACGCCAACACCAUUCCCUUCUUUAGUCGAGUUAACUCUUCAUUCCAUGAAAAACUUAGAGUGCUGGGAUGCAUCACCGUUGCCUUCGUUUCCUCUUCUCCAGAAGAUGAACAUCUCCUUUUGCUAUCAAUUGAAAGCCUUUCGAGUCCCAUUUCCUUCUCUUAAGUAA